CCACAACCAACCCCGGAACCCUGCCUUUCCUCAAGCUCAUAAACCUUGUCGGAUUUCUUCAUUCCUCGUUUUGGCCAGUACGGCGAUGAUCACUCGUCGGGUCUCCAGAUAUGGAUGCGUCCUCGGUACAAGGGCUAAAACUUCAUGGGCAUGUGCUCUGGAUGGUCUCAACAAACCGGAUUAUUAUCGGGGCAUGAUUUUAUGGACUUGAAUUGGGAUUGGCAUUCGAGUCAUCAGCCAUAUGGCUCCCAUCCUUCCCGCCACCAUCAUUAGGAAAUAUCCCUUCGCUGGGUGAAGCACUCAAUAGCCCACUAUUGACGGACUGCUCAGAUGCCCACCAAGUUCGAAGGACUGCUGGACCGCAGCGGCCUGGAAGAUGUGAACUUGAACCCUACGAACUGGAAAGCACGUCUUCCGACGAGAUGGAGUAUUGACCUGGUGCGGCCGGACUUCAUUGCGUUGACGUUGAGACGCAGCGCAGCAAAGAAGCCCGCGAGACGAACAGCAUGGCUAGACGGUCUGAGAGGUUUCGCCGCACUCAUUGUGUAUCUCCAUCACCACCAGCUAUGGGCCCACGGUCUUCAUGGGAAUCUCGUGUUCGAAAACGCGUUCGGGUAUGAAGGGAGGCACUACUUUGCCGCUCUUCCCUUUGUGCGCAAUUUCUUCGCCGGAGGACAUUUCGCAGUCGCCAUCUUCUUCGUGAUUUCGGGAUACGUCCUCUCCUAUAAAUCUCUCUCUUUGAUUCAAAAGGGUCAGAUUUUACCAGCAGCAGACAGCGUGGGUUCAGCACUCUUCCGGCGAUGGCUACGCCUCUACAUCCCUGUCAUCGGAAUCACGCUCCUCUGGAUCGCGCAAAGACACUGGACGGGUAUCUGGAUCGAUUAUGGCGAGCCCAAGGAGAAUUUCGGAGCAGAGCUCAAGAACUGGUACUACAAGUUCAAGAACUACAGCUUUGUUUACACGACCGGCAGUAUCUAUGAUUUCAUGCACCUGUACCAUCCGCAUUCCUGGACCAUUCCCAUGGAAAUGAAGGGCUCCGUGAUUGUCUACACGGCGCUUACAGCAUUCUCUCGAUGCACGAGGCAGGCUCGACUUUGGUGCUCCGUCGGCCUGAUAUUCUACUUCCUUUACAUCGUAGACGGCUGGUACGGCGCCGUGUUCUGCUCCGGCAUGCUUUUAUGCGACCUCGACCUCCUAGCUCUGGAAAACCAGCUUCCGCGCUUCCUCGCCGCCCUGGAAGACUUCAAGGAGUUCAUUUAUUUCCAUCUCUUUAUCGUCGCACUGUACCUCGGUGGCGUCCCGUCUUGCGACCAAGAAAACUACCAGACCCUCCUCAACAGGUCUCCGGGAUGGAGGUUCCUUUCACACCUCACCCCCCAAGCCGUCUACGACCCAAAAUGGUUCUUCAACUUCUGGGCCGCCCUUCUCUUCGUGGCCUCUGUGCCGCGCCUCCCCUGGCUAAAGCACUUCUUCGAAUCGCGCUUCUGCCAGUACCUAGCACGCAUCUCCUUCGCGCUGUACCUCGUCCACGGCCCGCUCCUCAUCCUCCUCAGCGACAGAAUCUACGCCGCCGUUGGAUUCUCGCGCGGCUCGCAGAAAGGCCAUAUCGACGGGUGGAUCGACGCGUUUCCGAUUACGAAAAAGGGUCCCAUGGGGCUGGAACUGGCGUUCUGGAUUCCGCAGCUCGUGUUGUUUCCUGUGACGCUGUAUGCGGCCGAGGUGGGGACGAAGUUGCUGGAUGAGCCGAGCGUGAGGUUUUCGAAUUGGUUGUAUAGGAAGGCGAUUGCGCCGCCGGAGUCGCCUUCCAAGUCGGGGUCGUGAAUGGAUGUGGAAUGUAUGUAAUGAAUCGGAU